UUAGCAGUUAUCUUUCACGAAAUAUAAUAAGAAAAAUGAAUAUCCUUCUUGGAACUCUGCUUCCUGCCCUUGUGAUUUUCGUCAAUUUCAGUGAUGGAACUGAUGAUCUAUCACAUGGAGGUCAAAGAUCUAGCAAGGACUGGGAACGCAAUAGAUUGUGGAAUCAAAGUGGAGGUUAUGGGAUACCGCCAUUAAAACGAACAUCAAGAGAGCCCAUAGAAUAUAACUUUUUUGGAACUGGCAACGUUGAAAGUUCAAGUUCUACAACUCCACAUGGAGGUUCUCAUAUGCCAAUAUUCGCUCAAACACUAGGACCGUCGCAACAAACCCAGGACUUUGCUGGAAGUUCUAUCCAUACAACGUCAUAUCCUAAAAAUGGGCGUAGAGGUUCUCAGAUUCCACUAUUCGCUCAAACACCAGGACAGUCGCAACAAACUCAGGACUUUACUGGAACUUCUAGCCAUCUAGCUUCAGUUGCUGGCCAUUCAGUUUUAGGGUCUACCCAGCCAUCUUCAGGUUCUAAAUAUAAAAAAUCAAAAGCUCCAAUGCCAGGGUCUUUAGCGUAUCUGCAAUCAUCGCAUCUUUAUGAACCGUCACCAGAAAGUCUACUAAAAAGACAGCGGCACCGUCACGACCACAUUAAUCCAAAUAUAGAUGCUGAAAGGCUUCAAAUACAUCGAGCAGGGCUCAGCCGUACCGACGGUAAAGCUUCUGGUUCUGGCGAUAAAGUUUUGAGUUCUACAAUUCAAAAUGCAGCUACAACACAUCCAGGAUACUUUAAUGCUUCAACAGGGCUGUCAUUGUCAACAGGGCAUAUGCCUGGAGGUUUUAAGAGGCAGAAAUCACCUAAGACAUCAACAGAACUUGUAGAACACGACUUCUUUGCAAUUGGUAAUAACACUGCAUCAAGUUCUACAACAUCACAUGCAGCUACACCGCAUCAAGGACACUCCGACGCUUCCACAGGGCUGUCAUUGUCAACAGGACAGACGGGAUUAAAAGCUGAAAAACCUACCAGACAACAUGAUCGAUCUUUCGGUUAUUUAAGACACAAAGUUUUUGUGUGGGAUGAUCGGAAUAGAAUGCCUAUCUAUAUGGAGUUAGCAAGAGGGAAUACAAAACCAACUGAACGCGAUCUUAAAUCUUCCACGAUUGACGAAUAUCUGGCGCUUGAAAAAGGCGUAGGCUAUUUUAUUGUGACCUGGUUGGUUAGUGCCCACGGGGGGAAACUUCUUAUGGCAGUUAGAAAUGAACCAGACUUCAACUAUCAUCCAGAUUCUGAAAUCCCCAUGGGAAUGGAACAUGCCGGCACGCACCAGAUGUUUGGCAAAGUCGUUGAUACGUAUUACGAUAAGGAGAAGAAUAUUUACCACUCUCGAUUUAAAAAAUACAAUAUAAUUCCAAAUCCGAUUGAACUUUUAAAAUACCAGAUUGAUGUAAAAGUUAAGGAAUAUGGUGACAUAAAAGUGAUAUAUUAUAAACUGAAGAACGAGGGCCCCGUUAUAGGAUUGAAGUGA